GCAGCGUUUGCACAAUUAAACGAGCGCGCGCGUAGUGCGCAUAGCUCGGAACAACAGCGCAUGCGCGCGAAUAAGGGGCGUAUGCUCUCCAGACGAUGGAAUCCCAACAGUUGCGAUAGUGUCUCAGAGAGCUAGCUAUGUUCCAGGCAUACCCACUAGCCGAGGAAUCCUUGCUCAGCACGUCUGAAACAAACAUCACCUCCGUUGACAUAAAACAGAGCUCGCAAACUUCGUUCGAAGACAUGAGAGACUUCAGACGCGUCGCAAACGAGGCGACGCGAGGCCUGAUGGCCUCGGAGGAGAAGAGCAGGCAGCCGCCCAUGUACGCCAUGUGCGCAGAGCCCUACUCGACCUGGAGAUGCAUGUGUCUGGUGAUGCUGAUGGUGUGCUUCGUGGCAGCGACGCCUCUCUCCCUCCUCCUUACCAUUCCGGCCUACAUUCUUGCUGACAGGGCUGAAAUAUUGUCCCAGCAAGGUUUCAAAAGGGAGUCAUGUUUGAACUGUCUCAUCUCGGUCAUAUUGAACCUCGCAGCUACUGCCAUAGCCAUGACAUGUCUCGGCAUUGCCAUGUUUUUGUAUAUAUACUUAGCCUCCCACCGCUAGCUAUGUAUGUGUACACUCUGUCUGUUGCUAUGGCUGUAUGGCUUUUAAAAUCGUUUUUCACUGCCAAAAUAUCAACAACAUAGAGCUGUACAUGCACCCGUGUUUUUACUUUCCAACUGGCAGAUACCUUAACAACUCCUGUGGCCCACGCACGGGAUCCUAUUGCUGUGAAUUUAAGUGUAUUUCGUGGGAUUCCACGUGUAUGUAUGUAUACGUAUGUGCAUC